GCCGCCCUGGUUGCCGAGUCAGCCUUAGUCCCUCGCUGCUCUUCUCCUGAAGUUCAGCCCUGAAACUCGGCUGCCAGGGGAGCCCAAGUCGCCUUACGAAGGUGUCUGAUCCAUACUGGACCCCUCCAGGGAGCCACGUGUGCCCAGCUGGGGCAGUGCCCCAGCUGAUGCCCCAGAGGGGUCACCCGUCUCCAGAGGGGCUCUGGACCCUGCCCUGCCUCCUCAUGGCGCAUGAGCCAGAGCCUGAGACUGAUGGACUGUUGGACCUCAGCUUCCUGACAGAGGAGGAGCAGGAAGCCAUUGCCGAUGUCCUGAAGCGAGAUGCCCGCCUGCGCCAGUUGGAGGAGGGCCGGGUCAGCAAGCUCCGGGCCUCGCUGGCAGACCCUGGGCAGCUGAAGAUCCUGACAGGAGACUGGUUCCAGGAAGCACGCUCACAACGACACCACCAUGCCCACCUCGGCUCUGACCUUGUCCGAGCCUCCAUCCGCAGAAAGAAGAGCUCCAGGGGCACAGGAGACCGGGCUCCAGGCAGCGACAGAGGGGCUGAGGCUGCGGCUGCGGAGGAAGAAACCGAAGAGGAGCUGGAGCCCAGGCUCCCCAUGGACAAGGCCCCCCAAGAGAUGCUCAGCAAGGCUGCGGAAGCUAAUUUUCCCUCACCAUAUGUCCCCCUAAAGGCUUCAGAUCAUGAGGAAGAGGCCCAGGCCCAGGAAGCCCCGGGCCCAGGGGACCCGCAGGUCUACCCGGAGAAGGCGGACCCGGAGCCCGGGCCACGGCCGCGGGGAGAGAAACCACCGCCUCCCGCAGUCCAGACCCAGGCGGCGCCUCAGAUCCUGGAGAACGGGGAGGAGGCUCCGGGGCUCGGCCCCUCACUCGACCGCAUGCUCAGCAGCAGCUCCUCGGUGUCCAGCCUCAACUCCUCCACGCUGAGCGGCAGCCAGCUGAGCCUGUCCGGGGAGGCUGAGGCGGGCGCGGUGCAGGUGCGCGGCUCUGUGCACUUCGCGCUACGCUACGAGCCGGGCACCGCCGAGCUGCGCGUGCACGUGAUCCAGUGUCAGGGCCUGGCGGCCGCGCGACGCCGCCGCUCGGACCCCUACGUCAAAAGCUACCUCCUCCCGGAUAAGCAGAGCAAGCGCAAGACGGCGGUGAAGAAACGGAAUCUGAACCCGGUCUUCAAUGAGACUCUGCGGUACUCCGUCCCGCAGGCCGAGCUCCGGGGCCGCGUGCUGAGCCUGUCCGUGUGGCACCGCGAAAGCCUGGGUCGCAACGUCUUUCUGGGCGAAGUCGAAGUGCCUCUGGACACGUGGGACUGGGCCUCCGAGUCCACCUGGCUCCCCCUGCAGUCCCGGGCCCCGCCCUCUCCCGACGACCUGCCCAGCCGCGGGCUGCUCUCUCUGUCCCUCAAGUACGUCCCCGCCGGCUCCGAGGGCGCAGGACUGCCCCCCAGCGGGGAGCUGCACUUCUGGGUGAAAGAAGCUCAGGACCUCGUGCCGCUGCGCUCAGGAACCCUGGAUUCCUACAUACAAUGUUCAGUGCUGCCUGAUGACAGCCGGGCCAGUCGCCAACGGACACGGGUGGUGCGCCGCAGCCUCAGCCCUGUGUUCAACCAUACCAUGGUUUACGAUGGCUUCGGGCCUGCUGACCUGCGCCAGGCCUGUGCCGAGCUCUCCCUCUGGGAUCAUGGAGCCCUGGCCAGCCGCCAGCUGGGGGGUACACGCCUCAGCCUGGGCACAGGCAGCAGCUAUGGGCUCCAGGUGCCCUGGAUGGAUUCCACACCAGAGGAGAAGCAGCUGUGGCAGACACUCCUGGAACGACCAGGCGAGUGGGUGGACGGCCUUCUGCCCCUCAGAACCAACCUGGCCCCCAGGACAUAGCUCUCCUAUAAGCCCACCAAACUCCUCUCUGGACCCCCAUCUCAGGGCCUGCUCUUGGCUUAAAACCAAUAAAGUUUAUUCUAAGGGCA